AUGAGCCCGGGGGGCCGCUGGAUUCUUCAAAAGGGUGCUCACCUUCUCUUCCGGUCAAACCGGAGCGCCCGGGCCCUCCGCUUCAUCCGGGGGGCCCUCUGGAAACUUCAUGGGCGCUCGGUAGGACAAAAUUAGGUAAGAUUUCUUUGUUUUAUGGCUGUUUGACCUUGAUUUAGGCAAAAUCAAUGUAAUUUUUGUUCUAUUUUCAGAUGAAGGUCAGUCCAGGCCGAAGUGGAUCGGGCACCCAUGCCCCCCGAAUCAGUCCGGGGGGCCUCUGGAAUAAAAAAAGGGUGCCCAUCCAAGUCCACGAAGAACUAAGAGAAGGUGGAGCGCCCUAG